UCCAGCUGGGAUAAAUCAUUCUAAUGGCGUUUUGACCCUUUAGGACAAAGUGCACAUCCCUGGAGCCAUCUAUCUGUCUGUGAAGUUUGACUCCCGCUGCUACACGGAGGAAGGCUGUGACGAGCUCAUCAUGUCCAGCAGCAGCGACUUCCUCCAGGACGUCCAUAACUUCAGCGGAUCUCCUCAGAAGUGGUCUGAUUUUGAGAUCCCUGGCGACACCCUUUACUACAGGUUUAUGUCAGACAUGAGCAACACAGAGUGGGGAUACAAGUUCACCGUGACGGGGGGCCACAGAGGGCGCUUCCAGACGGGGUUUGAGAUCCUAAAGCAAAUGUUAGCUGAUGUUCGGUUGCUCAGCCAUCUGCCGUUGGCUGACAUCUGGGAGUGGCAAGUGGGCGUGGCCUGUCGUCAGACUGGAAGCCAGCGACUUAAAGCCAUCCACCUGCUGCUCCGUCUGCUGCAGUGUCAGUGUGAAACGUGAGUCCACUUUUAUA